CCCGGGAGCGCGAGAAGAACCAGAGGUGCAGGCGAGCGGGAGCCUGUCCCGGCGGCGCCCCGAGAAAGGAUUGUGCUGAGCAGAAGGGCAGACCUCAGAGCCACCCUCAGAGCGAACCCCCCAAAAGAGAAGAAAAGACGGAAAACACAUCUGUCUCCUGGCAGUCUUGGGCGAGCGAAUCUACUCUGGGUCAAGCUUGCUAUUCCGAGGAAUGUAGGGUCUCCAAGACCAUCACCAGAGCAUCAUAAGGACAAUGAAAGGACCAUCUUUCUUGAAGAUUUUGUCUAUGAUUCUGGAAAAUGCCUUCAGAAUAAGUCUGAAUUUAAGGCAUCCUGGUUUCUAGAAGACCUCUUAUUAAAAUGGUCAGUGCUGUGCCUUCUCCACCACUGUUUAUUGGAAGCCUGUACCUGGAUGGUUUGACUCCACAGGCCCACAGCUCCAGGGAAGUGUGCCUCGGAAUGAACCAAACCUGUGGCUCUCCCUGCAUCUGGGAACACCAAAUCAUUUCGUCUUCAAACGUCUUAGACUGUAAAACUUUCAACAGUACGGAAAGACUUAUAUGGUGGAUCAUUUUCUCUUCCCUCUCCUUUGAAAGGAAUUGAAGCAGAAAUACAAUGGGAGAGGCUUCACGUUAAUAUUCAGGAUGAAUGAUGAUAAUUCAGGUGAUAAGACAGGAGAUGAAUUGCAAUGCUUAUUUAUCAGUGAUACAAAUGGCAAUACGUACGCAUACAGCCCCAAGUCACCCCUGACACUAAACCCUUCAACCAGCGAUGUGAAUUGGAGUUCUGCCAACCCAGAUGACAUGGUGGUCGGUUAUAAAACUGACCCUGCUGGGGAUGACGGUGAAAAUAUUUCUUUAAGCCAUCGGUACGCUGAAGUGCUUGAUCACCAGAAGUCUUCAAGUGCUUUCAUUGGAAAGCAGGUGUUAGACAGGCAUAAGGGUCCCAUGCCUCUGUCUCCUGUGUUUGUCGCACAUGCAGAGAAGCAUGAAAAUCUGCAUAACAGUUGUUAUUCCCUAAAAACAGCUCAGGACCAGAGUGUUCAGCCACCUCUGCCUUUUGUGUGGAAGCCUAAUAAUGAUUCGAACUGUGCAGACUUCUCUUCUGCCUUGGAGCUAAACCAAACAUUUGAGGUAGAAGUGGGUAAAGUUAACUGCACCGAGUCACAUCAUGGCUCUGAAAACAGACCAUCUUUGCACGCUACUGAAAGUCAGCCACCAACCAGUAUGAGAAGUGGAAAGACAUCUCCUUUACCCUCUUCCACUUGGACGCCUUCCCAUUCUGAUACGAUCCAUGUAGGAGAAACCAGGUAUGAUCCAAAGAGCUUUGAAAACCCUCAAGCCAUUCCAUCAGAGGCCCAAGACACAAUUUACCCAGCAUGUUCUGAUGUCGUGAUGCAAACCGAGGUUCUUGUUCCAGAUAUUGAAAUUCAGUGUCAAUAUUCUUCAGGAAAGGUCACCAGUGAGUGCACAGAUGGGUCACAGGAACAACUAGUUGGAGAAAGAGAGAUACAAGCUCAAACAGCAGUUUCUGAUGGCAUGGACGUCCCCAGUGGGCCCGUAUUACAAGAGUUCUUUUGUUUAUCUGCGGAAGAACCAAAUAGUGCAACGCAUUCACGGAGCUCAUAUGGGCAAAAGGAAAUGGGCCAAAAUCUAAGAGAGACAGUGUCCAAUUGUCUUAUUGAUCAUGAAUGCCCUUUGGUGGUGCCAGCUUUUGAUAAAAAUAAAACCCAAGUGCUGAAUCCAGAACGUAAAGUUACUGUGACUAAAGACACACCAAUUGCCUCCAAUGAAAAGGACUUGGGAAUCCAGAAUUGUACCUCAGAGUUGCUACUAAGUGGCUCGCCAGGACAAAACAUGGUUUCGUCUUUUGAAUGGACUUGGGAUGAAAAGAAUAAGGUGGUUAGCACAAAUGAGAUGGUUUGUAUGUCAACACCAAUCCUGGAACCUACAAAUAUAAACUUUUCUGUUUCACCCAUCCGAGUGACAGAGAAAGGUAAAAAAGUGGAGAGGAAUAAUCGAGAGCUUAAAAACUCACCCAACUUGAAGGGAGCACCUGUCAACCUGUCUAAACCUAGUCUAGGAAAAUCAACAACCAAAACAAAUACCCUAACAGGCUGCAAAGUGAGGAAAACUGAAAUUAUAAGUUACCCAAGACCAGACUUCAAGAACGUUAAAGCUAAAGUUAUGUCCAGACCAGUGUUGCAGGCCAGAGACUCCGCAUUGUCAAAGGUGCCACCCAAAACUCAGGUGACCAGUGCCUCUUCACCCUCCUCAGCAUCUCCCUCAAAACAGUUGACUGUUUUGAACAAAACACCACGAUCUGACUUGACUGCGGACACAAAAGCAGAAAUCCUAAUUAACAAGACGCAUAAGCAGCAAUUUAAUAAACUCAUUACUAGCCAGGCCGUGCAUGUUACAACUCAUUCUAAAAAUGCUUCCCACAAGGUUCCAAGAACAACAUCUGCCGUGAAAUCGAAUCAGGAAGAUGUUGACAAAGCAAGUUCUUCUAAUUCACCAUGUGAGGCUGGGUCCGUGACCGGGUCCGUCGCAGCCUUAUUGCAGAAGAUCAAAGGCAGACUCCCUGUUGAAAUGGAAAGUUCAGACUGUCUGGCAAUGACCUAUGUUUCCAACAUCGACAGGAUUAGCCCCGAAAAGAGGGGUGAAAAAGAAAAUGAGGCACCUAUCGAAAAACAAGAACUGGAACAGAUUAUGAAUGAGACUUUUGAAUAUAAGUCUCUGUUUAUGGGUCCUGCCUCUAAAACUUCUGCCACCCCCGAUAGGACUCUCGCCAAGCCCGACUCCUGCAGUUUGAGGAAGAUACCUAAUUCAAAAGCCAAAGCCGGGGCUUCUGUUUCCUGUUCGAGGCGGAAUAGUGACAGUAGGAAUCUCAAUGCCGAUCGAGCUCUGUCCCCCCAGAGGAUCAGGCGUGUGACCAGCUCUGGAAAACCUGCAUCCUUGAAAACCGCACAGCCGUCUUGGGUGAAUUUGCCUAGACCACUUCCUAAAGCCAAAGCAUCUUUGAAAAGUCCUGCGCUGCGGAGGACAGGAAGCUCCCCCUCUGUCGCCAGCACCCACAGCGAUCUGAGCACUUACAGCAAUAACUCUGGUAAUGCUGCCAUCAUCAAGUAUGAGGAGAAACCUCCCAAACCAGCAUUCCAAAACGGUUCCUCAGGAUCCUUUUAUUUGAAGCCUUUGGUAUCCAGAGCUCAUGUUCACUUGCUAAAAACUCCUCCAAAAGGUCCUUCAAGAAAGAGUCUACUUACAGCUUUUAAUGUGGUUGAAAAGGGCAGGCAAAAGAAUCCCAGAAGUUUAUGUAUCCAGACACAGACGUCUCCCGAUGUGCUGUCCUCGAAAAAAACACUAGAAUUGGCUCAAUAUAAGACAAAAUGUGAAACCCAGAGUGGAUUUAUCCUGCAGCUCAAGCAGCUGCUUUCCUGCGGCAAUACCAAGUUUGAAGCCUUGACGGUUGUCAUUCAGCGCCUCCUGGCAGAGCGGGAGGAAGCACUGAAACAACAGAAGACCCUAUCUCAAGAGCUCCUGAACCUCCGGGGAGAACUAGUCACUGCCUCCACCACCUGUGAGAAAUUAGAAAAAUCCAGGAAUGAGCUGCAACUAGCUUAUGAGGGAUUUGUCCGGCAGCACCAGGCCGAUAGAACAGAACGGGAGAAUCAGCUGAAAGAAUUUUACACCAGGGAAUACGAAAAGCUUCGGGACACCUACGUAGAAGAAGCAGAGAAGUAUAAAACUCAGUUGCAAGAGCAGUUUGACAACUUAAAUGCUGCCCACGAAACCUCUAAGUUGGAAAUUGAAGCUAGCCACUCGGAGAAAAUAGAACUGCUCAAGGCGGCCUACGAAGCCUCCCUUUCAGAAAUCAAGAAAAGCCAUGAAAUAGAAAAGAAAUCACUGGAGGAUUUACUUUCUGAGAAGCAGGAAUCACUAGAGAAACAAAUCAAUGACCUGAAGAGUGAAAAUGAUGCUUUAAAUGAAAAGCUUAAGGUAGAAGAACAAAAAAGCGUAUCAAGAGAGAAAGCAAAUUUAAAAAACCCACAGAUCAUGUAUCUGGAGCAAGAAUUAGAAAGCCUGAAAGCUGUGUUAGAGAUCAAGAAUGAAAAGCUGCACCAACAAGACGUGAAGUUAAUGAAAAUGGAGAAACUGGUGGACAACAACACAGCACUGGUUGACAAAUUGAAGAGAUUCCAGCAGGAGAAUGAGGAGUUAAAAGCCCGGAUGGACAAGCACAUGGCAAUUUCAAGGCAACUCUCCACCGAGCAGGCGGUUCUGCAGGAGUCGCUGGAGAAAGAAUCAAAAGUCAACAAGCGCCUCUCCAUGGAGAACGAGGAGCUUUUGUGGAAGCUGCACAACGGUGACCUGUGUAGCCCCAAGCGGUCCCCCACGUCCUCCGCCAUCCCGUUCCAGUCCCCAAGGAGUUCCGGCUCCUUCUCCAGCCCCAGCAUUUCACCCAGAUGACACAUCUUGAACACUAAGAGACUGUCCGGAAGCAUUUGGAGACAGGUCUGUAGGACUGAUCCUCACGGUGACACGGGAGCACCGCCUUAGCGUACAUGGAUUCACUGCAGGAUAACUGGAAAGUCACCCCCGGAAGCGGCUACUUCUGAGACUGGAACUCCGGAGGAAGACUUUUGACCCAGUCCCAAAGACACCUCCAAAAAAGAUUUCAGAACCGACCCGGACAUCGUUGCACAGAGCACUUAAAGAACGAGAGAAUCUUGUUUAUUGCCUUUUUCACCUAAGCAUAGGGGGAAAAGCUCUCAGGGGCCUAUUCAGAUAAAGAUGUAUAACCUUUCUACUGUUCUUCACCCUAGACACCUUCUUGUGAGUUUUAUUGGGGUGUGAAUGAGGUGGCCGUACCAGGUGUCUGAUGCAGCCGCCUUCGCUGCGUAUGGAGUCAAAAGCCGGAGAAUCAGACAGACAUUUCAGCAAAGCCAUAGCAUAGAAAGCAAUAGCUGCUUACGUUAUGAUCCCCACCAUCUCUGCUCAGCCCUGUGACAUGCUGGGAAGAGGCUAUCGUGACAGGAGACGCUUUGACUGUGUCACUGUCCCCAUUCUGUUAACUUUCUGGGAGUUUUUCAAUAGUCAGCCAUGUCCACUGAAACCAGAUUUUUCUGUCGAUUUUUUACUCAGCCCUGUGAGCCCAACGCUAUACCACGAUCCAUUUUCUCAGGCUUAUGAGUAAAUGUAGAACCCUAAUUUUUCUUAAAAAUGUAUAUAAAGAAAAGAGCAGAACCCAGGGAUGGUUCUGCCUUAUUUUUACCUUGAUCGAAGCUGUUCCUGCAGAUUUAAUCUGUUGUCCUCUCUCCCAUUAGCCUCCUUCUCCCCUCUGCUCUCUCCCUCCUCCAGAGCCACAGAGGCAAACCACCUCCCUGCUUCUCUCUGGGACGCAAGGAUCAAGGGACGUCCUUUUCCAGAGCCAGCUCAUCUUCAAGGUGCUGAAGCCACUUUCCAAAUACACUAUGGCCUGGGUCUGAUACUAUAAAUUUGAAAAAAAAUCUUAAAGUCGAGAACAAGAGAAAGUCACUGGCCAGUAGAAUUAAAAUAGGAUUCAGUGUUUAUGGAUGACUAGAAGCACCUUGACCUUGACUACACCAGUGAUGCAGGAUUUAAGAGAAGAAAACAGGGUAGGAAGACCACGCUGAUUUUUCAGGUACCCUUUGAAAAAUCCUUUUGUGUUUGGAAUGGCCAGCCAGCAAAUGGAAAGUGUGGCUCUCGUGUGACUCUGCUCCAAGAAAUGUUUCCAUUUCUUUCCACACCGUCACUUAUCACCUCCCCCAAUUCUGAGACUUUGGUAAAGGCAGAAGGAAGGAAGUACUGUGGCUUCCUCUCCUCUCCCUGCAUGUGUCAACAUGGCAGUGUCAGUAUUUACUAAGCUGCAGUCAGUGGCUGGACAAAUAGCCCCUAUGGUAAGAAGAGCUUCAGGAAUAGAGGUGAAUAUUUGAGUCAUUUCCAUGUACACUGCAUAGCAAAGUGAUAGUCACCGUGCAUGUUUUCUUUAAUUCGUGAUUGUGUCUGAAGUCUGACUUCCAGUAGCUUAUGAUGUAUGUCACUUUCCCUGUUUGCUUUCAGUAAGUAGAAACAGAGGUUCACUGCCACUUCCUGGAGUGUCUCUGCUCGUGCUUCCAACUAGCCAAAGUUGGGUUGGUUUGCCAUUCAUCCCCCACACGUGGUAAAUCUCAUACGGUUCCCUGCUGUCCUCCACACUGUGUGUCCGGGAAAUAAAUCUUACAGCAAUUAAUAGCAAAUGUUCUUCAGAGAACAAAACAGAGAACCUUUUUUUAAAAAACCAAAUAUUUCAUGUAGGAUGCAAAAUGUCAGCACGUCAUAAAAAUAUGGAUGUGUAAACAACUGUAGUUGUCAGUUUUUAGCGAUGGAAAGUGUACUUUACUUUGAUCAAAUAAAUAAUGCUGGAAUAUUCAAUAUAA